GGGGCCUCAUGGGUUUUGCUUCAAUUUUGUUGGGCUGGACUUGAACCCAGAAAUUUUCAGAGAAUAUUUUCAGUACCGUGAAAACCAAAGGCUACAAACUCCGAGGCCGAAGAGUUCUCGAGCGAGGGAACACCGCAUGUUGUUUCUUUUCCAAUACCUCUUCAUAUUAUACGAUGUCUUACAUUGAUAGUUGACACACCCACUUAUCGUUUUUGAGUUUUCUCUCAACUUUUAUAUUCAAUUUGCUUUUCAUUUACUACUUCAAGCGACAAUCUUUGCUAAAAAAUUCAGAAGCAAUGGCCUCCUCGUUCUUAUUUCGUAGAAGAGUUUCGUCUCUUGGUGUUGUUUCUCGCUCUCUUCACGCAGGAAAUAUGGAGCACAGAUGGCUGCACUUGGAAUCAAGAAUUGAGGCUUUAGUUACCCUUGUUGGUGCAACGAGAAAGUUCAGCAGUGGCACUGGUACCACAAAAUUUGACUUUACAGAUCUCACUCGUCCUCAUACAUGGUACCCAAAUGCUAGAAGGAAACAUCGCAAGGUUAUCCUGCAUAUGGGUCCCACAAAUAGUGGUAAAACACACAAUGCUCUGAAGCAACUUCAGUCAAGUUCUUCUGGCAUAUACUGUGGUCCAUUGAGAUUGUUAGCAUGGGAGGUGGCAAAAAGGUUGAACAAGGCAAAAGUUCCUUGUGAUCUCAUUACAGGACAAGAGAGAGAGGAGGUUGAUGGUGCAAAACAUAAGGCUGUGACAGUUGAGAUGGCUGAUGUAACUUCAGACUACCAAUGUGCCGUUAUUGAUGAAAUUCAGAUGUUGGGAUGUAGGACAAGAGGUUUUUCAUUUACUCGUGCUCUAUUAGGAAUCUCUGCUGAUGAGCUUCACCUUUGUGGAGAUCCAGCAGCUGUCCCCCUCAUCCAGGAAAUGUUGAGAGUGACUGGUGAUGAGGUGGAGGUUCAAUUUUAUGAGAGACUUUCACCUCUAGUUCCAAUGAAGGUUCCUCUUGGGUCCUUCUCUAAUAUACAAACAGGCGAUUGCAUUGUAACCUUUUCACGUCGUAAUAUAUACAGGCUAAAGAGGGAAAUUGAAAAUGGGGGAAAGCAUCUUUGUUCUGUCGUUUAUGGUUCGCUGCCACCAGAGACUCGAACUAGACAGGCAACAAUGUUCAAUGAUGCAAGCAGUGACUUUGAUGUUCUUGUGGCUAGUGAUGCCAUUGGGAUGGGUCUCAAUCUGAACAUUUCCAGGAUCAUCUUUUCAACCAUGAAGAAAUUUGAUGGCAUUGAGAUGCGGGAUCUUAUGGUACCUGAAAUCAAGCAAAUUGCAGGGAGAGCUGGCCGGUAUGGAUCAAAAUUUCCUGUUGGUAAAGUCACUUGUAUAGAUGCAGAGGAUCUACCCUUGCUUCAUUCAUCACUUGAAUCUCCAUCACCCACGCUAGAGCUUGCUGGAUUAUUUCCUACCUUCGAUCUCAUGUAUAUGUAUUCACUUGUACACCCAACAAAUAGCCUCCAUCAGAUAUUGGAGCACUUUCUAGACAACGCUAAAUUAUCGGAAAAUUAUUUUAUUGCUGAUUGUGAAGAAAUGUUGAAAGUUGCUGCUGUUAUUGAUGAGUUGCCCCUUGGGUUGCAUGAUAAGUACCUUUUCUGUAUCAGUCCAGUUGACAUGGACGAUGAGAUUUCAUCUCAAGGUCUUACACAGUUUGCACAAAAUUAUGCAAACAAAGGCAUAGUUCGGCUGCGAGAAAUAUUUACACCAGGGACACUUCAGGUGCCACAAACACAAACUGCUCUCAAGGAGCUUGAAUCCAUACACAAGGUGUUGGAUCUCUAUGUUUGGUUGAGCUUUCGAUUGGAGGAUUCAUUCCCAGACCAUGAGCUGGCGUCAUCACAGAAGGCCAUUUGCAGCCUGUUGAUUGAGGAGUUCCUGGAAAGACUAGGGUGGCAGAAGCCAAAGGCAAGGAGGUUACCAUCACGUGCAAGAAUGAAUUCUCUUUUGUCCAAAGACAUCCGACAGCAUUUGUGAAAGUCCUCACAGAAAGGCCAUUUGCAGCCUGUUAAGGAGUUCCUCGAAGGACUAGGGUGGCAGAGGCCAAGGGCAAGGAGGUUACCGCCAUGUACAAGAAUGAAUUCUCAAUUGUCCAAAGACAUCUGACAGCAUUUGUGAAAGUCAUCAUUUUCCUUGAUACAGUCAUUCCUUCUCUUAGAUCUUCAAAAGCUUUUAGGAGAAGGAUAAUUGAAUUUUUAGUUUAGUCACUUUACCCUCAACUUGUUAUGUCUGUGUAUUUACUUCUCCUGUACUGAUUAACAACCAAAACAGAGCAUGAAGCUCCACCUCUUCAAGAAAAUUCCUUUACUUCAAAUUAUUUAAUUCAAUUAUUUACUUUGGCAAUCAUUGUAUUAUUUGCACUACAAUAAUGUAAAAAUAUUAUUGACUACGAUGUGAUAUAAUUUGACUGAAUAAUUACGCUU